CGGACAUUCUCCGACAUUUCGUAUACAGAACAUAAUCAUAGUUUGAGUCGCGCUUUUGUGCACUGUGACGGUGAUUACAAUUGAUUAAGUACAUUAGUUAGUGGUGCUGUUAGUGGAUUAACUAGAAGAAAGUCACCAACCGAACGAUUGAAAAUGCAACUGCUUAAAUCGAUAUUGACAUUCGCCGAUCAGUUUUUAUUUUUGAUUAUGGGGUACAUCAUGCGGCGCUUUCUGCGUUCGGCCAUGAUCGUCUUCAGUUGGUUCGUGGUGCCCUACAGCCGAUUCACCAACAUCAAAGUGAAUCGCAAAAAGUUGCCGCCCAUACGGAGUCACCUGCUGGAAAUACCCGCUGUCGAUUUGGCCAAACUGAUUCGCAAUGGAAAGAUCAAAAGCGAAGAGGUGGUCGAGGCGUAUAUCGAGCGGUGUAAGCAGGUGAAUCCGUUGAUUAAUGCGAUUGUGCAGGAUCGCUUCGAAGAGGCGCUUGAGGAGGCGCGUGAAACCGAUCGCCUCAUCGCGUCCGGUAUCAACACCAUUGAGGAGAUGGAGGAGAAUACUCCUUUGUUGGGCAUACCGGUAACGGUGAAAGAGAGCAUCGCUGUGAAGGGUUUGACUAAUCAGGCGGGACGCGUUUUCAAAACACCACAGAUUGCCAAAUCAGAUGCGCCUGUGGUGGAGCAGAUCAAACGAUGUGGCGGCAUUAUAAUGCUGGUAUCGAACACACCGGAACUGUGCUUGCUGUGGGAGACCUACAACAAUGUGACGGGACAAACGAAGAACCCUUACGAUUUGAAGCGCACGCCCGGUGGCUCAUCGGGUGGUGAGGCCGCUUUGCUAGCGAGCGGUGCUUCGCUUUUGGGACUCACUUCCGACAUUGGUGGUUCAUCGCGUCUGCCCGCCAUGUUCAGCGGCAUUUGGGGACACAAACCAACACCAUACUCUGUGUCGUUCAAGGGUCACCAUCCGACCAGUGAUUUCCCCAAAUGGGGUGAUUUCUUCACAAUUGCGCCGAUGACACGCUACGCUAAGGAUCUACCGUUAUUACUCAAAUGUAUGUUGGAUCCCACCGGACCGAAGCUGACACUUGAACGCGAACUCAGCCCACAGAGCAUACGUUUCUUCUUCAUGGAUAACGAUGGUCCAUCGGGCAUGAUGCGUCCGCUGAGUCGCGAUUUGCAUGCCGCCAUCAAUCGUGUGGCCACCGAUUUCAAUGCGAAACGUGUGAAUAUACGAAAAAUGAAACUCUCACUCGACAUCUCACUGUCCGCCAUGUUGACCAUGAAGAACAUCGAAACGAUCUAUUACAAAACCGAAGAAGGCGAACGUCCCAAAACCGUGUGCACCGAAACUGUAAAAUACUUCUUCGGCUGUUCGGAUAGCAUACUGCCGUCGGUGAUAUUCGGACAUUUGCAGAAUUUCAUGAAAAUCAUACCGAAUUCACGCCACAAGCACUUGGCCACCAUCAUUGAGGCGCUCAAGACUGAAUUCAAAGAGCUGCUCGGCAACGACGGUGUCUUUCUCUAUCCAACCUUUCCGAAUACAGCGCAUCGGCAUUAUCAAAUCUAUCACAAACUGUUGGAGCCCAUGUAUAUGGCGAUAUUCAAUACGCUGGGCUUGCCCGUCACCAACUGUAUGAUCGGUUUGGAUCGACGUAAUCUGCCCAUGGGCAUACAAGUGGUGGCGAAUCCGGGACAGGAUCACCUGUGCUUGGCGGUGGCGCGUGAAAUGGAGCGACGCUAUGGUGGUUGGGUGCGACCGCCCUCCGAGGACUCGGCGAAGCGGGUGUAAAGUAAGAAAGUGUGCAAUUAAGCGUAUGAGCGCGCAUAUGGUUAAAGAGCGAGGUAGCUAGUGCUGGAUAGGUUUGCAUAUAAAACGGGCUGUACAGACAUACAUAUCUGGAAGAUUGGUGACAUGGUGCCUCACUUGUGCUACGCAUGCGCUGAGUUUAGUAAAGCUCUUGAAUGUCAAUUUUCGUAGCUUUGCAAUGCGACUGAUGUUACGUUUUACAAAAAACCAGGAUAUUUUUAUAAUUUUAUGUAGUUUUAAAUUAACUUGUAAAUCGAGUGCAUCACAUUUUUGUAUAAUAAUUAUAAAGCAAUUUGUAUUGUCAUCACGAGUAUUUAUAUAAAAACAAAAACACACAUUUUUUUCAUAAGCAAGACUUUUGUAUAUUUCAAAAAUACAUUUAAUGAGAUUUGUUUUCCUUAUUUAGGUUUCAGUUUUGUUAUUAUUUUAUUAUUAAUUAUCAUUAUAUGACAUUGUUAUAUGCAAAAUAUUGUAUUGCUAUUUAGACCUUAAAAAUGACAUUUAUAGUUAAAGUAUACCGUUUGUAAAUACUAGGAUAUACGCCUAUAGCUGUAGAAAAUGUCAUACAUCACGCACACUAACACAUUUUAAUAUUAUUAUUAUCUUCAAAAUGCACAUUUUACAAGUACCGCACAAAUAUGUCUUAAUUAAUUAAUUAAGCCAACAACAAUCCAAAAAUGAUUAUCAUACACAUUUAUACAUUAUGACUAUUGUAAAAAAAAAAAAAAUUAUAAAAUAAUUGUUAUAUGAGUACUUGAAAACAAAAAAAAAAACAUAAUAAUUAUAGAUUGUAUAGAUACAUAUAAUACAUACAAACAUAUGUACAUAGUUAUAAGCAAGCAUGUGUGCUGAGUAAUUGCAUAACUAGUACGACCAACGGAUUUCGAAUAAACAAUCAGCGAAAAUUUCGAAUAUACUAGA